AUGGUUAGUCACCUGAUAACGGAAUCAGGUGCAAAUUACAACACUGCUUGGGAAUUACUGGCACACAUAUAUGAUAACGUGCGCAAACAAUUUAACGAACAGCUCAAAAUGGAAAUGGAGAAGGCACAAACAAGUCUCUCCGAUUACCAAGCUUUUGCUCAAGAAAAAUUCGCAGCACUCGAGUCACAACUGGAAGCACAAGAUGUGGAACAUAAGCGUAUACUCGAUUCGUAUCGCUUAGAAAUUGAUAACAAACUCUCACAAAAGCAACAACAACUCGAUGAAGCCGAACAACGCGAACUCAAAUUAAAAGAGCGUUUCAAUUUAUUGGCGAUUUCCGAGCAAGAGUUGUGUGAAAAAUUGACUAGCACUGAAAAUGCCUACACCGCCCGCUUCCAGGCGGCCACAGAACGAGAACAUAACUUGAAUGAACGAGUGCAAGCGCUGACAAAGGAACUCAAUGGGCUUAGAGCUUCCAAUGAGAACAAGGAACGCGAGUUGCGUGACAAGUUAAAUCUGUCGCAGGAUGAGAUUUCGUUUUUACGAUCCUCACAGCGCAGCUUUAACGAGACCCUGGAUCACAGUAGUGGCAUUAGUUCGCCAUCGGAACUGGCGCGUCUGCAAAGUGAAGCGGAUAAGCAAAAUAUCCUUGCUUGA